AUGGCAUCUUGUUCCCUUUCUUCAAUGAAAGCAGAAGCUGAGAACACAACCGUACCAAAUUGGCUUGAACUUCCUAGAGACAUCACAACAAACAUUCUUCAGCGUCUUGAUACCAUUGAAAUUGUUACAAUUGCAUGUCAUGUGUGUCCUUUAUGGUGGAAUAUUUGCAAGGAUCCACUCAUGUGGCGUACCAUUCGCAUGACCAAUCUCCACCAUCUACAACAUAAACAUUUGGAAUUGGUUAAGAUUUGUUGUUAUGCUAUUGAACGAAGUUGCGGUCAUCUGGAAGAUAUUGAUAUUCAGUUUUUUGGCUCCAAUGAUGUCCUUGAAUGCAUAGCUAUCAAUGCGAAUAACCUACGAUGCAUGCGAUUAGUAUAUUGCCGGCGAAUUUCAGAUGAAGGAUUAAGUUUAGCUGUGAGAAACCUUCCACUAUUAGAGGAGGUUGACAUUUCAUUUAACAUGCUAAAUGAAGAUUCUCUUGAAGCCCUUGGCCGAUGUUGUCCUCGUUUGAAAUCUCUCACAUUUGCAAGAAUGUUGUGUGAACAUUUUGGUUAUGGUAGUGAGAAUAUUGGGGCAUUUGCAUUUGCUAUUGCCAAAACAAUGCCUAGGUUACUUCACCUUAAAAUUUCUGGAAAUGUUCUUAGUAAUGAUGGGGUUCUUGCCAUUCUUGAUGGAUGUCCUCUUCUCGAAUCUCUUGAUUUGACAAGGUGUCUCUAUGUGCAUUUGAGUGAUAGUUUGGAGAAAAGGGGCCGUGAGCAAAUUAAAGAUUUUGGAGUUCCAAUACUACCUGACUACUCUUCUUCUGAUGAUGACUAUUAUUACUGUGAAAGUUUAGAGAAAAGGUGCCGCGAACAAAUUAAAGAUUUUAGACUUCCAAUUCAAGAUUGUUAUUCUUCUGACUCUGAUUGGGACAUUUGUAGUGAAAAUUCGAAUUGGUCUGGUUAUGAGGAUUGA